AUGUUGGACCCAUCUUCCAGUGAGGAGGAAGCAGAUGAGAUGGUAGAAGAAGAACGCAAAGAGGUGUUGGCACCAAGUACCGGGGGCGCACGGGUGUCACCCAGCCGGACCACCGAGAGUUCUGGUGGGCUCCAGCCCUCGAGCCGGGGAAGCAGUGCUCGCCCAUCCAGCCCCAGCCCCUCGGUGGCCAGCGAUAAGGAGAAAGAUGAUCUGGAAAAGAUGCAGAGGGAGGAGGAAGAGCGAAAGAAGAGGCUCCAGCUCUAUGUCUUUGUAAUGCGCUGCAUUGCCUACCCUUUUAAUGCCAAGCAACCCACCGACAUGGCCAGACGACAGCAGAAGAUCAGUAAGCAGCAGCUACAGACAGUGAAGGAGCGUUUCCAGGCCUUCCUAAGUGGUGACACCCAGAUAGUGGCAGACGAGGCCUUUAUCAAUGCAGUCCAAAGCUACUAUGACAUAUUUUUGAAAAGUGACCGUGUGUGCCGGAUGGUCCAGAGCGGAGGCUGCUCGGCCAGUGACUCGCGGGAGGUCUUCAAGAAGCACAUUGAGAAGCGUGUCCGCAGCCUGCCCGAGAUCGACGGUCUGAGUAAAGAGACGGUGCUCAGCUCCUGGAUGGCCAAGUUUGACACCAUCUACCGUGGAGAGGAGGACCCCAGGAAGCACCAGCAACGGAUGACUGCCAGCGCAGCCUCAGAGCUCAUCCUCAGUAAGGACCAGCUCUACGAGAUGUUCCAGUCCAUCCUGGGCAUCAAGAAGUUUGAGCACCAGCUCCUCUACAACGCCUGCCAGCUUGAUAACCCUGACGAGCAGGCUGCUCAGAUCAGGAGAGAGCUGGACGGACGACUGCAAAUGGCUGAUCAGAUCGCCAGGGGCGGUAGGUUUCCCAAGUUUGUUUCCAAAGAGAUGGAGGCCAUGUUCAUAGAGGAGCUGAGAUCCUCAGUGAACCUGCUUAUGGCUAACCUGGAGAGCAUGCCUGUGUCCAAGGGAGGAGAGUUCAAACUGCAGAAGCUCAAACGAGGACACAACAGCUCCAUCAUAGACAUGGGCCAGGAGGACGAGAACACACUGUCCAAGUCUGAUGUGGUGCUCUCCUUCACUCUGGAGGUGGUGAUUGUGGAGGUUCAGGGGUUAAAGUCGCUGGCGCCCAAUCGAGUCGUCUACUGCACCAUGGAAGUGGAGGGGGGGCAUAAGCUCCAGACUGACCAGGCCGAGGCCUCCAAACCAACCUGGGGGACCCAGGGGGACUUCACCACCACACACCCCCUGCCAGCCGUAAAGGUGAAGCUGUUUACUGAGAGCACAGGAGUACUGGCCCUGGAGGACAAAGAGCUGGGCAGGGUUGUGCUCCAUCCGACCCCCAACAGUCCCAAACAGUCAGAACUGCACAAGAUGUCCGUGUCCAAAGGCUGUCCUGACAGUGACCUGAAGAUCAAACUGGCCAUCCGCAUGGACAAGCCACAAAACAUGAAGCACUGUGGGUACCUAUGGGCUAUUGGUAAAAAUGUGUGGAAGAGAUGGAAGAAGAGAUUCUAUGUCUUGGUGCAGGUGAGCCAGUACACCUUUGCCAUGUGCAGCUACAGAGAGAAGAAGGCAGAGCCUGUGGAGCUGCUCACACUGGACGGCUACACUGUAGACUACACCGACCCUCAGCCAGGUCUGGAAGGUGGGAGGACCUUCUUCAACGCAGUGAAGGAGGGCGACACUGUGAUCUUUGCCAGUGAUGACGAGCAGGACCGUAUCCUGUGGGUCCAGGCCAUGUACCGGGCCACGGGCCAGUCCCACAAGCCCAUCCCCCCCACCCAGGUCCAGAAACUCAACAACAGAGCCGGCUCUGCACCCCAGCUAGACGCACCCAUCUCCCAGUUCUACGCGGACCGGGCACAGAAACACGGCAUGGAUGAGUUCAUCUCAGCCAACCCUUGUAGUUUCGACCACUCUUCCCUAUUUGAGAUGGUGCAGUGCCUCACCUUGGACCACAGGCUCAAUGACUCCUACUCCUGUUUGGGCUGGCUCAGUCCAGGCCAGGUGUUUGUCAUGGAUGAGUACUGUGCUCGUAAUGGUGUGCGGGGGUGUCACAGACACCUGUGUUACCUGGGCGACCUGCUGGAGCGGGCAGAGAAGGGGGCUAUGAUUGACCCCACCCUGCUACACUACAGCUUUGCUUUCUGUGCCUCACACGUCCACGGCAACAGGCCUGACGGGAUAGGGACGGUGACUGUGGAGGAGAAGGAGCGCUUUGAGGAUAUCAAGGAGAGGCUGCGUGUUCUGCUGGAGAACCAGGUCACACACUUCAGGUACUGUUUUCCAUUUGGUCGACCGGAGGGGGCCCUGAAAGCCACUUUGUCCCUGCUUGAGAGGGUGCUGAUGAAGGAUAUCGUCACCCCUGUGCCCCAGGAGGAGGUGAAGACAGUCAUCCGUAAAUGUCUGGAGCAGGCAGCCUUGAUCAACUACCAGCGCCUCUCAGAAUAUGCCAAAGUAGAAGGGCAAGCCAGGACCAAGACUCAAACGGUCUCACAACUCACCCCUGCCAAAAAGCUGGAGGACACCAUACGUCUGGCCGAGCUGGUCAUCGAGGUCCUCCAACAGAACGAGGAGCAUCACACAGAGGGCAAAGAGGCAUUUGCGUGGUGGUCAGACCUGAUGGUGGAACAUGCAGAGACCUUCUUGUCUCUUUAUGCAGUGGACAUGGAUGCUGCACUGGAGGUCCAGCCCCCUGACAGCUGGGACAGCUUCCCUCUCUUCCAGUUGCUCAAUGACUUCCUGAGGACCGACUAUAACCUGUGCAAUGGGCAGUUCCACAAACACCUGCAGGACCUAUAUGCCCCACUGGUGGUGCGAUAUGUGGACCUCAUGGAGUCAUCCAUCGCCCAGUCCAUCCACAGGGGCUUUGAGAGAGAGUCCUGGGAGCCUGUCAAAAAUGUCAACCUCCAAAUGCCCAAACUAACAAAUCUACCGCCAGUUAGCUUCCCAACAAUGCCUAGCUUUUCUACACCCAACUGGAUUGCAACCACAUGUGACUCAGUUAACGGCUCGGGGACGUCAGAGGACCUGUUCUGGAAGCUGGACGCUCUACAGACCUUCAUCAGAGACCUGCACUGGCCUGAGGAGGAGUUUGGCAAACACCUGGAGAGCAGGCUGAAACUCAUGUCCAGCGACAUGAUCGAGUCUUGCAUCAAACGGACGCGGGUGGCCUUUGAAGCCAAGCUUCAGAAGAGCAGUCGGACCACAGACUUCCGGGUGCCUCAGUCCAUCUGCACCAUGUUCAACGUGAUGGUGGAUUCAAAGGCCCAGUCAGCCAAGCUGUGUGCCAUGGAGCUGGGACAGGAGAGACAGUACCAUUCCCAAAUUGACGCUCUCAUAGAGGAGACUGUGAAGGAGAUGAUCACCUUACUGGUAGCCAAGUUUGUGGUCAUUCUAGAUAGUGUCCUAGCCAAACUGUCCAGAUACGACGAGGGCACUCUCUUCUCCUCCUUCCUCUCUUUCACAGUGAAAGCUGCCUCAAAGUAUGUGGAUGUACCUAAGCCUGGGAUGGAUGUUGCCGACGGUUACGUGACCUUUGUGCGCCAUUCUCAGGACAUGCUGCGGGAUAAGGUCAAUGAGGAGGUUUACAUAGAAAGGUUAUUUGAUCAAUGGUACACCAGCACCAUGAACCUCCUGGGUACGUGGCUAACUGACCGGAUGGACCUGCAGCUCCAUGUCUACCAGCUCAAGAUCCUAAUCAGAGUAGCCAAGAAAAAGUACCGUGACUUCCGGCUGCAGGGCGUCCUGGACUCCACGCUGAACAGUAAGAUGUAUGACACGGUGAGGAACAGACUGACCCUGGAGGAGGCCACAGCAUCGGUGAGGGAAGGAGGGAUGGCGGGUAUAUCCAUGAAGGACAGUGAUGAAGACGAUGAUGAUGUCUAGAUCAACAUCACGGGAUGAAGGAGCCAUUCGCAUCCGUCUUAACCUGUGAAUCAAUGCAUGUACUGUACCUACCAACUGUGUUAUUUUUCUCUGUCAGAUAGAAAUACCCACAAAGGAACAAAAAUACAAAUUAAUAACUGAAUACAGAAAUUAAAAUGAUAUUAGUCAUUAUAAUUAUGAAAUAUAUUUAAUUGUUUAACUAAAGUGUAGGUGUUUUAUGAAAAAAGUUAGCUGAGAUUUCUGGCUCAUUCUCCUAAAUUCACUCCUGAAUGUUUCUAAGCAAUAUGGAGAACCAUGUGUAUGUGGUGUU